CUCAUCUCUCGAUCUCUCCCAUAUACAUCCAUCAUGUCGCCUGCGAUGAGAAAUUUGGCAGCUGAAAGCGAAACCAAAGGGGCAAAUGAUUCAACAGAAAGCGAAUUCCACAAAGGAGUGAAACAUUUAUGCGAGAAAGGAAUAACAGGAGUUCCAAGCAAGUACAUAUUGCCCGUCCCUGACCAACCAAAGUCAUCGAAAGGCUCUGGUAGUGUUAGCAACCAGAAUUUAAAGUUACCAGUUAUCGAUUUUGCAGAGUUGCAAGGCUCCAGUAGAUCUCAUGCUGUCAAUUCCAUCAGAAAAGCCUGCGAAGAAUUCGGGUUUUUUCAUUUAGUAAACCACGACAUUCCAAGGGAUGUGAUUGAAAAUAUGAUUGAUGUUGGUAAAAGGUUCUUUGACCUCCCAUUCGAGGAGAGGUCCAAGUACAUGUCAACUGAGAUGCGUUCACCGGUCAGGUAUGGGACUAGUUUUAACCAGAAUAAAGAUGAAAUCUUUUGUUGGAGAGACUUCUUAAAGCUAAGCUGCCAUCCCUUGUCCGACGUUCUUCCCUUUUGGCCUUCUUCUCCUGCGGACCUAAGGCAAGCGGUGGUUAACUACUCAAAGAACACUAAAUUAUUGUAUCUGAUGCUAACGGAGGCCAUCCUAGAGAGCCUAGGAUUGGUGGAUACAACGAGAAAUGAGAACGAAAAUGAUGGGUUAAGAGAAUUCGAAAACGGAAGCCAACUCCUUGUGUUGAAUUGCUACCCAAAAUGCCCUGAACCUGAUUUAACAUUAGGCAUGCAUCCCCAUUCGGACUAUGGCUUCCUAACGCUGCUUCUCCAGGAUGAAGUUGAGGGUCUCCAGAUACAACAUGAAGGAAGAUGGGUAACAGUGGAGCCCCGCCCUAAUUCAUUUGUUGUCAACGUCGGAGACCAUCUUGAGAUAUUUAGCAAUGGUCGAUACAGUAGCGUACUUCAUCGGGUUCUUGUCAAUUCCUCGAAAACUCGAAUUUCUGUUGCUUCGUUGCAUAGCCUGCCAUUCGAUAGCAUGGUUCAGCCAUCACCAAAACUCAUAGAUGAAGCCAAUCCGAGGCGCUACAAGGAUACAAACUUCGCCAGUUUUCUUGACUAUUUAUCUUCCUGUGAACCCAAGAGAAAGAGUUUCCUUGAGUCUAGGAAAUUGGCUUGAUGAUCAAUCGAGCUAGCUAGUUAUUAAUCGAAU